CCCAGCAGGCACUGCAGCCUAGAGACGCUGACAAAGGACCGGAGGAGCAGUCGCAGCUGCUUUCCGAGGAGUCGGUGUUGCCGAGGAAAAAUAUACAUCAAGACUUGAAUUUUGGAUCAUCCUUGGAGAGCUCAUCUCUUCUGGAAAAGCAGAGAAAUUUUCUAGAGAUGAGGACGUGUGUGGCUGUCAGCAUCAGGGAGGCACAGAGAUGAUUACAGUAUAGGGAAAUGUGAGUCUGGAGACCAGAGUUCUGCCACCAAUACCCUGUGCAACCUUGAAUUGCCAAAAUGCUUUGGAGUUUUUAACUGACUUUAAGAAAAGUCUAAAAUAGACUUGAGACUGUAAAAACAGAAGCUGCAGCAAGGGGGAUUCAGUGCCAAUGCAUCAACAAAAAAGACAGCCAGAGUUAGUGGAAGGAAAUCUUCCUGUUUUUGUGUUUCCUACAGAGCUAAUAUUUUAUGCAGAUGACCAGUCAACACAUAAGCAAGUGUUGACUCUCUAUAAUCCCUAUGAGUUUGCCUUAAAGUUCAAAGUUUUGUGUACUACUCCAAAUAAGUAUGUUGUCGUUGAUGCUGCAGGUGCAGUAAAGCCUCAGUGUUGUGUGGAUAUUGUGAUUCGUCAUAGAGAUGUUCGAUCCUGUCACUAUGGUGUAAUAGACAAAUUCCGUCUCCAAGUUUCCGAGCAAAGCCAGAGGAAGGCUUUAGGAAGGAAAGAGGUUGUGGCUACUCUUCUUCCAUCUGCAAAAGAACAACGAAAGGAAGAAGAGGAAAAACGAAUAAAGGAACAUUUAACCGAAAGUUUAUUUUUUGAGCAGUCAUUUCAACCAGAAAACAGAACUGUCUCCUCAGGACCUAGUUUAUUAACUGUCUUCCUGGGAGUGGUGUGCAUUGCAGCUCUGAUGCUUCCUACGCUGGGGGAUGUGGAAUCGCUGGUGCCUCUCUACCUCCACUUAAGUGUGAAUCAAAAAUUAGUGGCUGCUUAUAUCUUAGGUCUUAUCACAAUGGCUAUACUUAGAACAUGAGCGAGCAAUCCAAUUGACUUCUGAAGUAAAUUUAUCUUGAAAAUAUGAAUACGGACUGCCUUUUAUCUCUUUCACUCCAUUAACAUGCUACAAACUAUUGAAUGAUUUACAGUAAUUGCAAAUUAUAAUAUAUAUUUUAAAUUACUCUAUAAUUUUAUUCGAAGGACUCCAGCACAUUAUGUUACAGACAGCAAGGAUGCUUCUGAGUGACACCUAGGAAAUUAUUUGAAGAAAUUCUUUUUAUAUCUAAAUCUAUUGUGUGAAAGACUUUAAUUAAAACAUUUGUUAUUUUCUCA